CCUUUGGUUUGCUUAUUUCUUUUCAAUACAAAAAAUGGCUGCUUUGCAACAAAAUUUUUCAAAAAUGAUUUCUGCACAGCUACGCAACAAAGCAAACGACUUUUUAAACUCAAGAAAAAAUGCGAAUAAUCUUGCCGAUAUCAUACAAUUGUUCGAGGCUGAAACAGAAAACUUUACAUCCGUACUUCUUGCGAUUGAAGUCAUAUUCACUGAGUUACUGAAAAGAGGUGAUCUUUUACAAGUGGUUGUGCCGUUAAAGCCAGCAGCAGAUCAAUCUCCCGAAGCCCAAUAUAAGAUAUGGCUGAAUGAAUGCUAUGAGACAGCACUUACUCAUGCUUUACAAUGUGUAAAAAAAGGAAAAAUAACUUCACGUCUCCAAGCCCUGGUUACUUUAUGUAAGCUGAUGCAGGCUGAAGGGAAUUAUCCUCUUGAGCCUAUGAAUGGUUAUUAUUUUCCUUCAGUCAGAUUGAAGAAUAUAUUUAAUGCUUUGUUGGACUCUGAAAUACCAAUGUCGGCACCCAUAACCCGUUUUCAAGAAUUUACUGAAUACAGGGAUGUGCAACAGGUUGGUCUAAAGGUCUUAACAACACUGGCAUACCGCAAGUCUCCAACACAUGUUUUUAUACAGAAUUAUCUAGAGCUUUUAGAUAAACUACUUGCAUUGGAGAUCCCAACAGAAGUAAAAAAUGCCAAAGGGAGGGAAGAUGAUAAAGAAGAUAAAGUUCUUUGCAGUAGUAAAGGUAAACAAUUUCCAUUCAGUCCAGUAUCAUGCAAGCGGUAUGCAAAUCGUUGUUGGGGAUUUGCCUGUCAGUGGUCUCUGUGUGAAGACCCAAAAACACACAGACGUGCCCUAAUGUUGUUAGUAGAGAGACUCAUGCCAUUGCUAAAUAAGCCACAGCUUGCUACUGACAUGCUCUGUGACAGUUUGGAUGCUGGUGGUCCUAUCAGCAUGUUAGGACUUCAGGGUGUGUUAGAGUUGGUCCGUCACCACAAUAUCUCAUACCCGGAUAUAUAUGACCGGCUCUAUGCUAUGUUUGAGCCUGAAAUGUUCGCCACGCGCUAUAAAAAGCGGCUGAUGCAUUUGGCGGAUAUAUUCCUCAGUUCUACACAUUUACCAGAAAGUCUCGUAGCGGCAUUUGCUAAGCGCAUUUCUCGCUUAGCACUCGUGGCUUCACCCGACGACGCCCGUAGUUUGUUGCAAAUCGUCGCUAAUUUGCUGCUUCGUCAUCCAGCCCUUAAGAGGAUGAUCUGCUCUGAAGAUUCACCAGCUAUCAUGUCAAACGACCCCUACGUAAUGGAAGAGACAACCGCAUCUCGAUCCCGUGCACUUGGCUCUUCAUUAUGGGAAGUCCGAGCUCUUUGUCGUCACUGGGCACCGGAAGUCAUCAGUGCUGCUACACGAGUUCUGGCUUCGCAUGAUGCAAGGGAUCCGCCGCUUUCGUUGGCCCCGCCUGAUGAUAAUGAGCAGUUUGAAGCGGAACUGAAGAAAAGAUUUAAGACUAUAGAAAUCAACUUUAUUCGGCCAGAUGGAAUGUGUAUCCCAAGUGGAGAACGACUAAUGACCUACUGGAAUUUAACUGCUUAGAAAAAGGUAUGAUUUGGUUCAAUAUUUGUAAAUCCCUCCGAAUAACAGAAACAAGUUCUUGUAUUUGCAAUUGAAUAUGUGCCACCAUGGCUAUUAUUAUCAUUUAGUGAUUGGUUGUUUUACUGUAUAUUAAUUAUUUGACAUCAUGUUAAGGUGACAGUCAGUCACACCAUGUAUCUGGAGAUAUUGCCUCUUCAUCUGCUAUUUAGUAAAAUACGAAACGAUAAUAUGGAAGUUUUCUUUUUCUAAUAUGAGAUCUGAUAAAGCGGAUAAGGCAUAAUUCUUUGUAAUCCAAACCAAACCUGGUAAAUCACUUAUUGAUACAAAAUAGUUCAUGACAAAGUAGCCUCUUUGAAUAGAAUUAUUUUUCUUAUAAAUUAUUGAAACAAUAGAAUUUGAUUUUUUUUUAUUUUGUUUCCAAAUUCCACUUAUUCUGUGGUGCUUUGAAAAUCCACUGAUCGAUUUAUAUUUGAUCACUGGAUUUUAAAAGUCAAAUGACCAAAUAUAUUAAUAAGAUUUUUUUACAAAUUUUUCAUUAAAAUACAAAAAACAGUAGUUUUUUAUAACAAUCAAAAGAUAAUAGUUAAAUUGUCGUAUUUAUUUUAUAAUUACGGAGAUGUAGGGUCUGUUUCACAAUGUCCGGAUAAGUUCCAAAUCUAUUUAUUACUUAUUGAUAGCAUAAACUAGUGUUAGUUGCGUUUUACUAUUUGUCAUGAAAUGCGAAGUAUCUUAUUCGGAUCUUUUAUCUUUCGAAUAAUUUGUGUGUUGCAUAGCUAUUUGGUACUUUAUCCAUACAUUGUGAAACAGGCCUUUAGCGAUUCAAAAAUCUGAAAGAGUUGUAUAUGGGAGAAAUAGGUAUUAAAAAAUAUCCAUUUCACAUGUGUGAGUCGUUUUUGUGUCUAUUUCUAAGCAUUUUAUAAAAGGCAGUUCAAUCCGUCACCCAUCAUUAUUGAAAUACGAUUAAUAAACUUAAUUUUAAAUUUGGUGUUUUUAUAUUUAAUACAUGUGUAUUAUGUCUAUCUGUUUUUUAUUAUAUUUCUGUGAUCGCGUUAUGCAAUUUUUUUUUAGAAAGGAAUAUGAUUCCGUUAUUAAGUGAAAAUUGUGUUUUUUGCUAUUUCCAAUAUGUGGGUAGUUAUAGACAAAGUAGACAUUUGUUAAAAUCUCGUUUUUAUUUUUCUACGACUUCAAGAAACCGAAGGAGUCAGUUUGACUCAUUACGAUUAUUUGCCAAUUAAUUUUAUUGUUUUGUGCAUUUAGAAAUAAGAAUAUUAUUUCAGUGUGAUAGGAAUAUAGAUAGUUAAGAAUUAGGAUUAUUUCGUUGUUUUUAAGGCACUAACAUUUGCGAUAUAUUUUGCACUGUUAAGUAGUAUAAGCACCUUCUAUAUAUUUAUAAAACUGCUUGCGACAUCUUUACUAGUUUUGUUUAACGCCUGCGUAAUAAAUUGCGUAUGAGUAAAAAGCUUUUGUUUUGACAAUAUACGCACAAUGACCAUAAUUGUUCUAGUUUCGUUGAAAGUAAAAAACAGCGAUCUUAUAUAUAGUAUGUUCUUUGAUAGUAUGUGAGAAUAUAUUUUUCUGUCAAUACAAAAAUCAAGUGCAUAUAUUAAUCUAUUAUAAUAAAGUUUUUAUGAUUUUGUGAAUAAAUAGACAGUUCCAAUAACUUACAAGAAUGAAAUAAUAUGGAAAUCUUGACUAUUUGAAAUACGUUUCAAAUGAAAUAUAUUUAUUUUACCCUUAAUCUAUUUAAUACUGUAAAAAAUUAAAAUAGCAAAGAUUAGAACUUAUCUAGAAAAAUCAACGUAUCUGAAAAGUAUGACUGCUCAGCGGGGAGAUUAUGAUAAAGGUAUUAUGGACUGAGCACUUUUUGAUACAUGAGUAUAAAAUUAUUGGAAUUUAAAGAAAAACACUAUCGGAUUGAAGUUAUGUAUUAUUGUAAACUUAUAAUUAUUUAAACAUAAUUUUAAAUUUAACCGACGUUUCGCUCGCUUUUUUACAGCGUGCGUAGUCAUGGUGACCAUUAUGAAUUAUGUUUAAAUAAUUAUAAGUUUACAAUAAUACAUAACUUCAAUCCGUAAAGUGUUUUUCUUUAAAUGUGUAAAAGUUAUAUUAAUAAAAGACAAUACUAUUUUAUUAUUGGAAUUGUCUAUAAUUUAAAUGUUAUAAUAAUCUUCCAGUGAAUCUUAUGUAACGCUUCUCAUUCCAGUCCUUUUUUUUAUUUACUGAAAUUUGACUAUAAGAUUAAGAAUGUGUGUACUUUGAAAAUUACAUUGUUGGAAUUUAUAAUCCCAAUUUCUUGAUGUGUCCCUGUUAAUAGUAAAUACGUUUAAUAGAACUGUCGAUUGACUUACCGGAAAUAAUUUUAUUAUUAGACAUAACCGCCAUAUUAUUAUUUGUGCCUCGCAGUUAGGAUCACAGGUGCGGAAUCCGAAUUAAGUUUGCCAAUAGAAAAAAAAGCCUAUAUUUAUAACUUUCACCGGCUAGAUAGUCUCAAUUAAGAACCUGUAUAGUUAAAACAAAACCACCGAGUGCCACAUUUUUAAUUGAAAUACAAAUAUCUAUAUAGAAAAAGAAAUAUCAUUCAUAUAUUGUUAGAAAAAACUUCUAGAAUUGCAAAGAUAUUUAAACUGAGAUGAAAAUACGCAUUCAUGUGUUUUGUGAUACUUUGGCAAAAGAAUCUCACUGUAGUGGUACCGUAAAAAGAAUUUACCAAUCUGAUUGUGAAUUAGUCACUAUUCUGUCAAAGUUUAUACUUUUGAAAAACUGUUAUCAAGAUAUUCAGUACUUCUUUCAUAACACAGUAUUGAGUAGAUGUGACGAAGAAAUCAGUGAUAUCUACGCGAUCACUCAAAAUAUAUUCAUAAAUUAUCCACUUAAUUAUAAAAAUUAAUGGUUUGAAGUGCUCCAGUUUCUUAAGUAUUUCCUUGUUGCUAUCUUCAUUGACAUUUGAAAAAAAAUUGACAGAAAUGCAUGCUAUGUUUAGUGGUGCAAUAAGGCCGAUUUAGUUUUUAUGAGGUUUGUCCUGAUUUCUCAGGACUUUUGUGGUACCAAUACAAAAUUAUAAUCCCUCCGCACCUGUGAUGUGAUUUAUGUAACAAAUUACUGUUAGGUUAGGUUAUUAUUAUAUGUUUGAUUAUGUUAAAUAAAUUAUGUUUAAAA